GCUUACUUUUUUUUUAAUAUCCAGUGCAAAUCUAUUCGCGAUAUCCACGCUUUUUUAUUGUUACGAUAAUGUAGAACUUUACUUUAUUAAUCGCCCAUUUUAGUGUUUAUAGUUUCAAUUAUAACAUAUGAGUACUGUUUGUGAGUAAUCCUUACAAAAUGGUUUCCGGAAAUACAAGAGUGAUACAAGUAACCAAUAUCGCGCCGCAAGCGACGAAGGAUCAGAUGCAAACCCUCUUUGGUUAUUUAGGUAAAAUAGACGACAUAAGACUUUAUCCAACUAUUAGAGACGUAUCUUGUCCCGUACAAUCGCGAAUAUGUUAUGUAAAAUACUACGAUUCUGCAACAGUAAAUGUUGCACAGCAUAUGACCAAUACUGUAUUCAUAGAUAGAGCAUUGAUUGUAAUCCCGAUGCAGUCAGGAGAGAUACCAGAUGAACAUAAGGCUCUAGAGAUGUCAAGCAAUGGUACCCUAGUACCCGGCCUGAGCAGCGUGGAACCGCGUCUCCCAGCACAUGUUAUCAAUGCUUUAGAGGGUGUACCACCUAACCAGGUUAUUCAAACUCAUGAUCCUAAAAUGGUAGCGGCAGGAUUACCGCCGUACCCACCACUUCCAGCUGCUUAUGACUCAAGGAAAAUUGAAGAGAUUAGAAGAACACUGUUAGUUGGUGAAUUAGGCAACUUGACCCAUCAACAUUUGAUAGACCACUUCUGCCAAGCUGGGGAAGUGAAGUACUUGCGAUUCUGUGAACGAGAUGCUGACAAGCUUAAAUAUGCUUUAGUAGAGAUGUCAGAGCAAGAAAGUGUGAUUAAGGCCCUGCAACUGAAUGGCUCUACUGUGGAUGGUCAAACUAUUAAGGUUCAUCAUGCAACUCAGGCUAUUUCUAAACCACAAACAAAGAGCAAUGAAGCAGCACAGCGAGAAAUUGAGGAAGCAAUGUGCCGUGUAAAGGAAGCCCAGAACCUUAUUUCUGCUGCUAUAGAUCCUGUUAUUGGUCUGCUUUCUAAAGACAAACGAAGAACACGUUCCCGGUCGCGGUCGCGUCGCCGGUCACGGUCGCGUUCGCGCCGAUCCCGUUCGCGACACCGCAGCAAGCGCUCCCGAUCUCGUUCCCGACACAGAUCUCGGCGCUCGCGAUCUCGCCAUAGACACCGUACCAGGUCGCGUUCGCGUCAUCGUAGUUCUCGCCGCUCACGUUCCAGGUCUCGUCACCGUAGUACUCGUUCCAAGCGAGAUCGCUCACGUGAUAAAGAUCGCGAUCGCAAGGACAAGAAAGACUCCAACGAUAAAGAGAAAAAAGAGAAAUCCAAGUCACCUGCCAAAGAAAUUGAAAAGGAAGAAAAGGAGGAAGUUAAAACCGAAACUUCUGAAACCAAUGGACAUGGUUCUGAAGAAAAAUCAAAGGCAUCUACUCCAGCAGAUGAUAAAGAAAAGGAAACUGAAAAAGAAAAAGAAAGAUCACCUUCUAAAAAACGGGACAGGUCGCGGUCUCGUGAGAAGAAACGUGAUCGUUCUCGUUCUAGAAGGUCAAGAUCCAGAUCGCGUAGAAAACGCUCACGGUCGCGCAGAAGGACUCGAUCUCGUGAUAGAAAGAGGUCCCGGUCCAGAGAUCGUAAAAGGUCAAGAUCUAGAGACAGAAAGAGGUCACGCUCGCGGGACCGAAAGAGAUCCAGAUCCAGAGAUAGAAAACGCUCAAGGUCGCGCGAUAGAAAGCGAUCGCGUUCAAGAGAUAGAAAACGGUCUCGUUCCAGGAGCCGUCGAUCUAAGAGCCGAUCACAUAGAGACUCCAAAACUCCUCAUGAUCGCCGAACCAGAGACAAAAGCCCUAAUCUCCCAACCGUAGAGGAAAAAGAUACUUCGGUGGUAGAAAAUAAAGCUCCUGAUAUAGGCGAAGAAAAGAAUUCACCAGAUAAUAUGGAUAUCUCUAACUCUCCAUAAAUUUUGACAUUACCUUACAUUAUGGAUAUUAUUCACGGUUUCUUUUUUAUUUAGGAGUCAUACUAAGAAAUGUGUUAGACUUUCUUUAUUAAUAAAUGAUAUGACUUAA